UUGUUCGGUGUUUGUAAUUAAUGUUUGGAUCACCCGAUUUUUACUUCAAAACUUCAUCGCUUGUAUGUUAAGACCAUUUUGCAGGUCUCUAUUCAGACAGAGACGGCUAUUUUACUACAGUGGCGCAGCGCGUCAGGAAGCUUCGAAUGCUGCCGUAGAGACACAAGAGGAUGAAGACAACUUACAGGAUUUUCUUCGACGGCAACGAAAGACUGAGUGGAAGCGAAGACAAGGGGGUCAGUCCUUCCUCGACAACCUUAUAAUCAACGUUCGAGGAGGGAAUGGAGGUGACGGAUGCGUUGCUUUCCACCGAGAAAAAUGGAAGCCCAUGGGGCCUCCUUCAGGUGGUAGUGGUGGCCGUGGAGGCGACGUCUAUAUUAUCCCUUCGCCCAAUCUCACAAGUCUUUCGUCCAUCCCAAAACGCGUACGAGGCGCCGCAGGCGGAAAUGGCCAAGGGACAUGGCAAAACGGCAAAAACGCACCACCAACAAUCAUAAAAGUUCCUCUAGGUACAGUGGUACGCGAACUUCUUCCAGGCGACUCACGACGCGCGAAGGAUGAAUGGGAAGCAGAGGAGGAGGGGCUGGAGGGGCUCAGUCCCGAGGAACGUCAUGCGAAGCUUCGGGAUAAUAGAUGGGUGCAUUAUCCGCGGUAUGCGGAUGAUAAUGUCAAUCGCGAUGUGUUCAAACAGGCGGAGGCAGCUCUUUACCGCGAGGAGAGAGCCAGGCGCUGGGCUAGGAAACAGAGGCUACUAUCACCUAUCAAUCUCGACUUGGACAAGACGGGGGAAGUCAUGAUUUCCGAUGAUGCACCUCUUGGAACGGGCCUGCAGGAGUGGCUGGGACAUAUCGUCGCGCGGGGUGGCAGUGGUGGGUUGGGCAAUCCGCAUUUCUUGUCACCCAUCAGUCGUUCACCCAAGUUUGCAACGCGGGGACACGAGGGUGAGCGUUUAACGUUGUACCUCGAACUCAAGAUUCUCGCGGAUAUUGGACUUGUCGGGAUGCCGAACGCGGGCAAGAGCACUCUUCUUCGCGCUUUGACUGGCGGUCGGGCGAAGACUGAGGUUGCUGGCUAUGCGUUUACUACACUUAACCCCAUUGUUGGUGUAAUUCGUGUAGCAGAAGAUGGAACCUUCGAAGGCGCCCUUCAGGGUGAAAAUAUUUUCGAUGAAACUGCUAUUGAGGAAGAGCGCCUCCGGGAGCGCGAACUUUCCGACAUAGAAAAUUCCCAAGAACAACUGCGCUUAGAAGAUAAUUCACCUGAUUCCCCGCGGCCUGACAUAGAACCAGGUCACGACUUUGACGUUCAUGAGACCUUUCGCUUCACUGUCGCGGACAAUCCUGGGCUCAUAUCCGGUGCAUCAGAAAAUGUUGGUCUAGGUCAUUCCUUCCUGCGCUCAAUGGAACGAUCUCUCGCACUCGUCUAUGUUGUGGACUUGUCUCUUCCAGAACCGUGGGACGAGCUUAGAGACUUGAAAGACGAGCUAGAGAAAUACCAACCAGGAAUGAGUGACAAAGCUCAUAUGGUUAUAGCGAACAAAGCGGACUUGUUGGGUGGCGAAGGGGAUCAGGACGCUGUCGAGGAGGCGCGUAAAAAGCUAAGGAAGCUCGAGGAGUACGUCAAGACAGAGAUGGUCGUGAAGACGCCGGGCGGGGAGCGCAUACUCGAUGUCAUUCCUACCUCGGCAAAGAUGAGUCAGAACCUCAAGAGGGUGGUUGUGCUCAUGCAGAAAUAUGUCCAGCAGGCUAGAACGGUAAAGGUUUAGCGGUUCAACUAUCAUUUACCAUCAGGCAGUCAUUCGAGUCCACUAGCCAGUUCUCACACCGGCAUGUGUCGCUUUAUUCCUGACAGGAAGGGCGAUUGUAGCCCACAUCUAAGUAGGCGAUGUACAGGAGAUGUACAUACUGUUGUGAGCUGG